UGGUGCUCUGUGCUGGCUCGGCCUCAGUCCUCCGUCAACCACCGCGCUCGCCGCUCGCGCGCCGCGCACCGCGCCCAUGGACUACGAUCGACCAAACGAACACGCAUAUCUCCACAUUUCGAACCUUUCUACUUCUCUUAAAAUCAAAACCAUAUCGGAACGAGUCGACGAAUUGUGCGAGAUUUAAUAAAAUGAUUGUUAAAGUCAGUUUAGAGAACUUUUACCGACUUUGGAACACGCAGCUCACUAACUAUUGACAUAUAUCCUAUGCUCCUCGCCGUUGAUCCUGCUUGACAUUGUUUUGUUUCUUCACCAUGCAACUCAAAGGAACAUUUUACCAAAACCUAUUUAUACACAAGAAGCGACUGAAACUUUCUACUUGCAACCUUUGAAAACUAUACACAGAAUUUAUAAAACUAUUUACACUGUUUUAUAAAUGGUUUUAGACAUUUCUUUAUCCCCUUAAACUGGUAUAGAGACCUUUAAGAAAAAAAAAUUGUGACCAAAGACAUUAAACAUAAAUAAAAUAAUAGUAAUAGUGCGUGUGGAAUUACCUAGAAUUUAAAUACCUAGUGUGUGGUUUUAUCUCAUGUGUUAAAAACAAAUUAAGUGUGCCAUUAGGAACUAGUUCUAAACUUUAACAAUAGACUAUAGUGUGUGUAUUUGUGUGGAUUGUGUAUUAGCGUGUUAUAUACUGAAAACGGAUGAAGAUGCCUUGUAUGGACUUGAAGCUGAAGUGGCCCGAAGACAAUUCCUAGAACAAAGAACCUAUGGCUCAGUUACCCUGCCAUUAAACAUUCCUUCUCUCCUCUAUUUCAUAACAAAUAUAGAAUACGUUUAAAACAUUCCACGGUUAUCGCCUUAUACUUCUAUACUUUGUGAAAUCAAACCUCUGUUAAAAACGAGAAAAAACAACGUUGAGACUGUUAGAUUAAGAAAAGUGGUAGAUUGAUACGCGCGUGAACCUCUUCGGAGGGCGCAAGAGGCCGGCGCGAUGCGGUCUCACCAGGGAUGUACGUAAUAUAUCCUGCGGACGAAGUAGUUACCCAAUCUUACGGCACACACUCGCUGCCCAGGCCCCGGCAGCGCCCCACGCUAGACGUCCUCUUCGGGCCGCCGCCGCCCGCGCCGUCCCGCGCGGACCCUCCCUUGGUCCCCAGCCCCCGGCCCCCCCGCGCCGCGUCCCUCCCCAAAACGGCGCCCCCGGAGCCUGCGGACCGCGCGCCGGCCUCGCCGACGCCCUCUAUCGAGCGGCCGGCUAAGCUGCGCGAGCGCACCAAAGCGAGCAAACUGCUCAAAAAACUCGGCCGUCAUGAGGACAACGAGUUCGGAAAAAUAGUUAGAACCCCCGCUCCUGAUGAAUUCGAGCUUCCCGCCCCGCUGCCGACUCCCGCUUUCUCGCGGAAGAAUAUAUUCGACCGCGAUUUCGAUGCCCUGUUUGAAGUGGCGAACUCGCCACAAUUCACUGCUAAGAUCCGCGUCACCACUCCAGAGCCGGAUCGCCGUUCUGAUGUGUCAGCGGUGCACUUUCCCUCCCCGGCCACGUCUUCACUCAGCCUUCUCCCUCCGCGCCCGAACUCCGCGCCUAGUCCUUCGCCGUUUUCCUUCAGAACCUCGACGCCUUCACCAUCGCCUCAACGUUCGUCUUUUGAAGGUUCAAAUACAAAACCGAAGAAAGUUAGUUUCUUUCGAAGGCUGAGUCGUGCUAAGACCGAGUCUGAACCGAUGCAGCCUCGCACAGUAAUGCAGCAGCAGUCCAUAGACAUGGCUCUGCGGGAGCUGACGCACCCCGCACACAACGAGCAGCUCAAAAACCAACAGCAAGUCACAUUCAAGCUAGUCAAAACAGUGGCAGACUUCACGACGCAGCUCUCGCAGAUCUACGACCGGCACUCCUCCGAGCUGCAAGUACUCGUUGCCAAUUUCCGGAAAAAGAACAGCGAGCUCAAGAAAGAGAGAGCAUCAUGCCCGUCAUCUCUCUUCCACACAUGGGAAACGCUACUGCAAGAAGUGGAAGCAGACGUGAUCGCCAACAACAACGCGGCAACAGCGCUGGAACGCAACGUCGCCGCGCCGCUGGUUGACCGCACGUUCCAUAUGAAGGUGCAGGCCAGGAAACUGUUCGCGCACCGUGAAGGAUGCGAGGUCAUUCUGGCGAAGGCUGAUGAUCAACUCACUAAGAGCCGACAGGACUACCGCGCCGCGUUCGUGCAUUACUGCAACAGCCCGAGCCCGAGCGCGUUGGCCACGUACUACGACUCCCACAACACUUACGUCCAGCAGCUGACAGCCACCAAUGCCAUGCUGGAACAGUACCACAAGUACACGCUGCCUACUAUAUUACAGGACCUGGAAGAAAUAUUGACGGACGUGACCGCGGCAGUCAGCGAGGCUUUUUGUAUCGAAGGGGGGAUUAUCACGGAUAAGUCGAACCAGCAGCUCCGACGCUACGAGUCGCUCUGCGCGCAAGCGCGUGCGGUGUCGAGUACAGCGGACCUCGCGCACCUGGCGCGCGCGCUGCUGACUCCACAGCCGCCGGCGCGCCCACCGCGCCGCGAGUUCAUGCCGCCGUACCCGCCUGAACCUGAUGACCCGCCACUCGACGUUGCUGCGGAGGUGAUGCCACCGGUGCUACGCGGGGAGAUGCUACUAGACCGCAUGGGCGGUGGCCAGGCGCGCAUGAGCUACGAGCAGCUGCGCAAGGACGCGCAAGACCUGGAGAUGCAGAUCAAGCAACUACAGGACGGAUUGGAGGCGCUCGCCCGACUCCAGGCUCGCGGGUUGGAGACAAACAUGUACAGCAAAGUCAACGAGAUACAGGAGGACAUAUCUAUGAAAAAAUAUGACUACAGGGCGACACAGCUUCAUCUUGCUGCAGUAAGAGCUCAGAGAGAGCUAUUCGCAGCGAAAGCGGACAGCGGGACAACAGCAGUCGAUCGCAAACUCUCUUCGACAUCCGCCGGCAGUAUGAAGAACAAGUGGUUGAAAGCGUUCCGCAGCCUGAAGCCCCCCAGCGCCCCCCCACCCCAUGCUGCGCCACCAGACAAGAGGAACGGCGCGGGCAGAGAGGCUCUCCGCGGCGACUCAGACGCGCACAACUUCCAGGAAUACACCUAUAAGAAGAUAACGCCCUGCGAUGUCUGCUCGCAAGUUCUUAGAGGGCAUACCCGCCAGGGGCUUCGCUGUCGCCUGUGCAAGCUCAAUGUGCACGCGGACUGCAUGCCGCAGGUCGGCAAGUGCCAGACUAAGUCCCGCCUGCUCCGCCGGCAGAAGAGCACCUCGGAGAUCGAGUCCCACCGCGUGCAGGAAGCCGCUUUCGAUGAAGAUAAGGAGGAAGUGGAUCAGACCUACCAAGUUCUGAAGCGAGCCAACGAAAUCGCGAAGCCGGGCGGCGGCGGCGGGGGCCCGGUAGUGCGCGUGUCGGCGGCGCCCGAGGAGGCGCCCGCGCGCUCGCCGGCGCGGCCGCCCGGGGGCCUGGCCGGGCUGGCCGUGGCGCCGCAGCCCGUCGCCUCCAGCUCAGCGCCGCACUCGCCGAGACGUCAAAAGUUGAACCUUAGAAUGAAGAGCCUGUCGCUGGAUUCUCCGGAGUGCGGUGAACUGCGGCGGCGACCGGGGAGAGACCAGCCCUCGCAAGGCAGCCGCGUCCUCUGUUCGAGCAGGGCACUUUGCAUGAAGCAUGGCUUUACUAAGAUUAAUAAGCAUAUGAUACAUAACUAUACCACACGAUCGUCACCAUCAUCGCCGGUGCAUAGCAGGCGGCUGUUGAGCGCUCGCGGGGGAAGGAUGAGCAGCGUGGAUUUACCCGAUGAGCCUGACAAGAGCCUUUCAUCGAACAGUGCGAGCCCUUGCCCGUCGCCAGUCAAGCAGACUAAUAAGCAUCAACGCCUCCUACCAACCAACCUCUACGUGAUCCUCUACAACUUCAAGUCGCGGCACGCGGACGAGCUCGACCUCAAAGCGGGGUACAAGGUCACGGUCAUCGACACCUCGGACCCGGAUUGGUGGAAGGGCAAGUGCCUGGGCAAGAUCGGCUACUUCCCUUCCAAAUAUUGCACAAAGCUGCAGGCUGGGGAGCGGCCGCUGCAAGUUACGCAUAAUUUACAGGUAUCUGACGGCGACAACGGCCUAAUGCUCCUGCGCGACCAGAUCGUAAUCCAAGUGGGCGAUGAGGUUGACGGCAUGGUCAUGAUCCGAUCAGGCGACAACCGUCAGGGUGUGUGUCCCAUCAAAUUCCUACAAGAGGUGUGACGCUUCAGAAGAUCGAACUACGAUUUCAUGACAAAACGCGGAUCAUUCACCGAAGAAACUCAUACGCUCUACGUUCCGAAACCCGCACAAAGUGCUCCUGUCACCCCCUGCGACAGCGAAACCUCCACCUGGUCUGACCGACCCUCAUCCAGCCGAGAAAGACAGUACUAUGAACUACCCUCCACCUCAGACACGCGUUAUGAGGUCCCGAGCUCCACCGUCCGCUAUGAGGGCCCGACGACCGCUCGGUACGAAGGCCCCUCCACUUCCGAUAAGCGGUACGAAGAAAGACCUUCAACUUCUGAUAAAGCACGUUACGAAGAAUCUAUGGAAGGUUAUUGGUGGUGGCGCAGGCCUCUAGGCGUGAGGCGUUCCCAAUGCCGAAGAUGCGGAGCUUCCUCGUCCACUAGACCGUUAAAGAUGAAGCCAUGUGCUGGCACGACUCAGGAGCAAGACGAUCUCGACUGGGAUGGCAACCGUCCUCUGAUGUCACGCGAACGCCCUCUACUUUUCUUUAGGCAACUCUUUAUUUAAAUAGGCGAGUACCCCUUUGUCCGAAACGUUUACGAAUUAAUAUUAAUCGCAUCGCAACCUUAUUCAAAUUAAGGCUGUUUUUUUGGAAUGUUUUAUGAUAUGAUAUAACGUUUACGGAAUUGGGGUCAGCGUCCUGUAAAGUGGGAAUUAGGUGGAGCGCUUGCAUGGUUUCUCAAUGCGAUUGGCGUAAUUCUCAUUAGUGCUAUAGGACUAAGACUUUUUGUACGAGUUUAAACUCUAAGGCUGCCGUAGUUCUAUGGAACAAAUGGAAAGUACCGGUUUUUAAGCGGAAGGUUAAAAAAAAUUAAAGUGUUAUCAGGUUGCAAAUUGUGCAGACAGUUGUUAGUUUUAAUCCAGUAGCAUACAUCGUUUGUUAAAGACAUACACGUUCGAAUAGAAAUAGUUAGGAUUAUAUUCGGCAUCAAAAGAUUUAGUUGUAAAGUUAAACUGUGCAAAUAGAUCCCUUAAUCGAGAGAUAACCUCGUAUCUUACACAUAUUUGGCUGAAUAGAUGAUUUUUGAAUUGGCGACCUAAGUACUAAUUUAUUUGCGAGGUACAUUCCUUCCAAUACAGAGUUGUUUUAUACCUACCUGUGUUAUUAUACAUUUACCGACUUGUAUUUUUAUAUUUACACCUAAAGGGAGAUGAUAUACUUAUGCGUGAUUAUACUUAAUUACUUUUGUAACAUAUCAUUUUAAAAAUUAUUAUAGUACUUAUGUAUUGUGAUAACCUAACUUUAGUUAGAGUAAAGUUAAGGUUAAUUUAAAAUAAUAUGUUCUUGUUGCUUUACAAGUUUUGUAAAAUUUAAAUAUAUAAUUAUAGCAUUUAUUAUGAAUUAAGGGAUGAAGAUCUAUUAUAACGAACAGCAAAAUCUAUUUUAAAGUAAUAUGAAUCCGGGCCCAUUUACAAAGCUAUAUAUACUUUAAUAUGUAUUUUAUAUUAACCAAGUUUACAUCUAUUUCAAAGUAGCUUAAUUUAAUUGGUUAACAUGCCGAGCUGAGCCUAACAGCAGUUACUUAUGCCCAUUGUAUCAUAAUAUUUGCAAAUUACAUGAUACAGAAACUCAAAUAUGAUAUAAAAAUUAAAGUCCAAAUAUUCCGGAGCGAAUAGAGCUGUCUUUCAAGAACAGUCCAUAGAUAUAUUAAAGGAAUGUAAUACAUAUAUUAAAACUUGUUCCGCUUUGUAACAUUGGGAUGUAUUCAUUCGUGCCUGAUUGCCCGGCAUUACCGAUAGACAAUUAACAAAUCGUCAGUAACAACGCGUACCUACGUGUCUUAGGAAACACAUAGUUUCCAAGACCUAAAGAGAAUUAACACGGAAUACUCGUAGUAUUGAAGUAAUUUUUUAUGCUCGUGUUUAUGAAGAUAACCAUCUUCCAUUUAAAGUAACCACUUUAGUUAAUAGUAGGUACCCGAGAUUACAUUACUGGUUACCGAUUACGGAUUCUAUCUCAUGUUAUAUCUAAAAAAAACCUUGACAAAAUCUCAACGGAACGUUAGUUACGCUCUCGGUUGGUCGACAUUCUUGAACAUUAGCCAAAAUGGUGCAUAAUACAACGUUGCUGAUUUCAUUCUAGUGGAAAACAAGAGGAGGACUUCGUACUAUGAUACUUUAAUAGAUAUAUGUAAAACAUAAUUUUCUAGAUAUUUAGGACUUAUUACCAAAAUGAGCGACUAACAACGAAAGUUUAUAUAAUGAGGUAAAAAGGAAUGUAUAGGCGCGUAUUUAAAGAGCGUUAUCGCGAGCUAAAAUUAUAUCCUUAUUUCAAUAGCAUAUGAUUUCAAUAUCAUAAUGAAAUGGGUCAAUAAUGUCAAUAUUACUCAGAAAGUUUAAAGAAAGGUUUAUUGACUGAAAUUGAAAGCCUGAAUCAACAGGCUUAUAAACAACUGUCAAACAAGCUAGGCUUUAUACAUAGUUAAUAUAGAACUUAAUGUGAUCCUAGGUCCCAUUGCUGCGGUUUUGCUUAUGAAAUCGGUAUAUUCAUUAGUUUUAGUUUAGUGCGUGAACUGCACCAAGUAGCCGGAGCACUAGAUAGGCCUUCACCCAACUUUCAAUGGGAAUGUUGGAAUUAAAAUAAUUUAGACUACCUACUCGGUUUGUGUGGUUUGAAAUGGUUGACUACAGAGUCAUGUUUAGGUAGAUUUGACUAAACGGCUUUUCCGAACAUUUUGUUGUCGUGUGUCCCACUUGUAUGUCGGGACCGGUCCUAAGCACCUCCUGCGCAGGGUUUGAAAACCUUUUAAAAGAGUAAGUGAAAAGGUAGUCCUGUAAUGUUAAGCAAUUAAGCAGAACGACGGCAGCACGGACCGUGGUUGUUAUCGUAAAAUAUAGUCUCUCCGGCCUUUAUCAAGAGCUAUAAAAUAAACCCGAUUUUUUUUCUCCAACAACCAUGGCUCUGUGUGGGUGUGUUUGUGGUCUCUGGCUUCUAUGUGGUGCCACUAACCACUUACGUUUACGUUAACGUUUCUUAGACGCCCAUCCUAUAAAAUAUGGCGUUCCAAACAUGUGGUAGUUUUUUUUUCUAGCAACUUGACUAUGUAGAACUCUCUAGUUAUGCAACCUAUAACGUAAAUCGAUAAACAUGUUAGUUGCAUAUAUACUAAUAGUAACAUACUUUACUUGUCGCCUAAAAAUAAUGUAUGUUGAACUUGGUAGGUUGGUAUCGUUAUUGGGCAUCAAUUUAAGGCGAGGCAAUUUAUGGCGAUGUCAUUGAUUACUAGUACUAACUAAAAUAUGCUCAAUUAAGAGCAAGAUCCAAAUCAAUGCCAUCUAACCAACUUACAAAAGUCAAGCGCCUUGCGUUCAAAAUUAACGAAACUUCCAAACUAAAGCGGCGCACAUUUCUCCUUUUUUUCCUUUGUAGACAAUUGUCCUUUCACUAGAAUCAUUCUGAGCUCAAUACAAUCUUCAAUACUCCUUCCUAAUAUUAAAUAUAUCUAAGUACUGAUAUAAAAGUAUUUCGACUUAUCCGCACAAAUCCUUCAUAAGCCUCCAGGAAACCUGUUAACUUUGCGUUACAGGUUGUCUAUCUCAGGCCCUAACUAAUACUAAUACUAAUCCAUAAAAGUUAUCGUAAACUAUUUUAUUUAAUACGAACCGUCCCCCAAUGUAUUACAAGUUAAAAUAAGUGUAAAAUAUACAAGUAGGACGUAAACCGGAGUAUGAUAGAGCACGUAACGUAAGGGUUAUGAAGAUUAUUUACACGUACGAUAAACGUAUUUAGUUAGAUAGAAAACGUAUGAAUGUGAUACCUAAGAAGUUUCCAAUGACAUGAAUGAUAUCUUGAAUCCCUUACCGUUGAUAAUUUUGUAAACAUUUCAAAUACACACACCAAACAUGUGAAACAUGUACCUACACACACAAAUUGUAAGGUACUAUUACGCAAGAGCGGUGCUGCUUAUCUUUUUACUACAUACUUAAAAAGAGGCAUCGGCACACAUUUGGAAAGUUUACUAGUAAUAGGGUACGAAAUAAAUAUUUUUCAUUUUCAUUUUUAAAUGAAGCAAAAGAGGUACAAACAUUAAAAACUCGUCAUUGCAUUGACUUCUUAUGGCUUGGGCCCUUUUCACUGUUGACUUACUUUUUUUAUCUAAGGUUUUAAGUUUAAAUUUAUUAGACAUGUAAUCAUAUGUAAUGGAUUAAAGAUAUCUGUCAUCUAUGUACCUAUAACUUAUUUAUACAUACACUUAGAGGAUGCCUAUGGAUGUGUUGAAAGGAUAUACCUAAUAUAAUAUAUUUAUAAAAUAAAUAUGAGAUGAAAAUAAAUAUAUAUAUAUAUCUACCCAUGAUUCAAAAUCAUUAUUGCCUAAACCUUCCUGUAUUUUUCUGUGAAAUAGGAUAAAAAAUAUCAAAUUACAUGUUAAUACUAUUUAUAAGAGUACUAAGUAUUUACUUAGGUUAGUAUUUAAUAAAUCAUGUCCACUGUGUUAUUUAAUUAUAAUUUAAAUACUUAAUGUUUCGGUUAUACCUUACCAUUUUUGGAAUAAACUAACGGAACCAAAUUAUUACCAAAAAUACCUAUUUAUGUAUUUACGAGUAUUAUUAGUUUAGGUAUAGUAUAGUUAUUAAGAAUCCCAAGUGAGAUGUUUAUUAUAUACAUGUAAUAAAAAUUGUAUAUGAAUGUGAUCAUUACUUUAAAAUUGGCCUUUCUCUCACUAAAGUUCCUUUAUAUUAUAUACAGAAGCUCCUAUUAAAAAACCUACAUUUUUUAGUUAUUAUUGAAAUCAACGUGUUAUAAAUAUACGAUGAGGUACCCUGAAAUAAUAUGAGUGAUUAUAAUAAGAUACCAAUCUUGAUAUUUUUCAAAUAGUAACUUGAAUUUAUAUUAAAAAAUAUAUGAAUUAGUUACUCUACGUAAUGCUGAAUGCUCCACUACUUAUCAUGCUCAGAAAUAUUUUACUGAAUCUUUGGUCGGAGAAAGGCCUUAAAACGAAUUAUUCAAUGAGAUAAAAUUAUUAUUGUAACUUACACUGUUAGGUUAGGUGCUUUAAUCCGUUCGUUUUUUAAAUCUUUACUAGGUUGCUAAUUAGCAAAAAAAAUAUUUGCCUUCCAGGUAAUAGAAAAAUGUAUACAUUAUUUUACAUUGUGUAUUUAUGUUCUAAAUUAUCUGAGGUGAAUGAGAUUAAGGCCCUUCCUAAAGAGGUUUCAUGUAAAGAUAUAGUGCAUAAUUGUUUUCCAUCGUAUUAUCUCGGAAACGUUCGUAUUAGUCAUGCUAUUUCAGUCAAUGUCACCUACUUUUUGUACCAAGACUGACUGAAAUAGCAAGACACGACGAUGGAAAAUAAUUAUGCACUACAUCUAUCCAUUUUCAGGAAACUUUUUGCUAAGAGGGACAGAGAAAGGUGAAAAGUAUAAGUUGUGUCCCUGUCUCUCUUAGCAGCAGAAGUGUUCGGCAAAAACAUAAAUCUAAACCGUUUAACUUGACAGUGACGGGGCGACAUGAUCAGAGGUAUUAGGCCGAGCACAUGAUUGACGCGACAGUAUCUCGCCGCGUGAUAGACUAUAGACUACCCGUCUUUUACUAACUAUAGUAACUAUAUGAAUUAAAGGCGACGGGUAGUCUAUGUAGCGGCGAGAUACUCUCGCGCUAAUCAUGUGCUAGCCCGGCUGGGGGCCAAAACAAGAUAACAAUAGUUGAUAGAAAACGCCGAUAAUGUAUGGAAAUAGUCACGUGACUUUUCGUAGCACCUGUCAUCCAUAUAAGUACAUUUAUUUCUUUUCGUUUGGCACUUGUCGAUGUACGAUUGUUAUCUUGCCGAGGCCCCCUGAUCGACUCGGGUGCGUGGCGGGGUUGCAAUAUGAUACGAUCGCUUGCGCCUAUUGAUGUGCGCGCGAAAUGCACUGCGAGUCGUGUCAUAAGGCAUCUCACUCGCAUUUAUUGGUAUCCUACCGGGCAUCGCGCCAUUUAGAAAGAAAAUGGUGCGUAGGUACUGUAUCGAUACUGAAAUUUACUCAUAAAGUGGCCAUGCACUUUUGCAGCUGGGUGUGCCUACAAUUCGGAAAAGGGUCAGUCAGUGGAGUUACUUCAUCUAUUAUAAAAUCAACCUUAUUGUUUAGAUAAGAAAGAUCAAAUAAAUUGUCAUGACAGUUUUCGUAAUAGAAUGUUGAUCUAAAAUGAUUUUGAUUUUAAUUACUAACUGCACUAAUUUAUUUCACUUGUUGAGUAGGGAUGCAGAUAUCCAUACCCUUGUUUUAUGUUUAUAAAAAUCUGUUGAUUUGUACUGAGGUUUAUAACGAGUGUUUUGUUAGAUGGAAUAAAUAUUGUGUCAUGUAAAA